GCGGUCCUUCGAGGCCUUCAGGAAAAUUGUCGCCUGAUCCCCCUUAGCACCACAAACCUACGACACUCCGCCCUCAGGCUCACCUGCUUCUCAAACAUAGUCGAGAAGUACUUCUAUCCUCUAAAGGCAUGCUGUUCACAUGUUCUCUUUGCGCGAGCCCCGAGGGGCGAAUUGCUAACCGAAGAAUCACCAUCGAGGCGCUGUGGGCACAGCGCCAUCAAUGUUACACCUGCCGACUGCUCUGGGACGGUGUUGCGGCUGUUCAUGGAGAUGAGUUCUUUAAGAACUUCGAGUGCCUAAGUAUUCCAUGGAGGUCUUUGAAGGAUACUGGUCCGCUAAGGGUGGACCUUAUACCUCAUGAGAAAGUGACCUCGUCCAGCAUACCGAGGACAAGGCUGCAGUUUUACAGGGGCCCGAAUGAUACUACGGCCUGGCCUGAAAUUGGAGCUAGCACACAUGUUGGCCUUAAUGGCCUCUCGCACUCAACCUUGGAGUUAGCGCAUAAGUGGCUCAAAAGCUGCACACUUCCAGGAGAGGGGCAUUCCUCAUGCAAAGCUUUUGACCUGAAACGGUCCUUUCUGCCGGCGCGCGUCCUCGACGUUGGAACGAAGCAGUCGCCUUCGGUCAGACUCUACCUUCCCCAAGAUGGCGAGACGGCCCAAUAUAUUGCGCUGAGCCACUGCUGGGGCGGGAAGACACCCAUCAUGACCAAUAAGCAGAAUUUCCAAGGCCACCUCCAGAGUAUCUCGCAACCACUGCCGACGACAUUUAAUGACGCUGUUCUUGUGGCAAGAGAGUUGGGAGUCCGAUUUCUAUGGAUAGACUCGCUAUGUAUAAUACAAGAUUCACCUGAAGACUGGGCUGUCCAUGCACCGCAAAUGGCGAAGGUCUAUGGAGGAGCAUACGCCACCAUCGCAGCCGAUGCUGCGAAAGACAGCGCUGCAGGAUUUCUCUCAGGAUGUAGAAGGCAUUUGAGCAGUCCGAAGACCGUCGCAUUCUCGUGCGAUGGACACGAUGGCCUCGUUUACGUCAGAAAACGAGGUUCUCUUGCAUAUCAACUGCCGUACCACGACUGGUCCGAGCCGGGACGUUCGAUCGCGUCUAGGAUUAGAGGACCGAAGGAGGUUGUUGACCGUUUCUGCCGUGAGCAGGAGCCUCCUGAAAGCGGACUCUCGACCCGAGGUUGGGUUUUUCAAGAACGCGUACUUUCUCCUCGGACGCUACAUUUCGGCGGGGCGGAGACCGGGUGGGAGUGUCGCUCACUUAUUAACUGCGAGUGCUCUGCCUCAAGCAUGAGAUAUCAUCGGAAGACUAGCCUGUUGAAGAGAGCGCUUUCUAAGAUGGCUUGGACAACAGUAGUGGAAGAGUACACCCGGUUACGGCUCACCUUCGAGGAAGAUCGACUUGUAGCAUUAUCUGGCCUUGCUGAGGCCCGAAAGCACCUCUCAAAUGAUAUUUAUAUCGCCGGGAUGUGGCUGAAUAACCUCAAACGAGAGUUGCUCUGGCGAUCGGAUGUGCCAACUGCAAAGUCUGCUGUACGACGUUUGGAUAUUGCACCGACUUGGUCGUGGGCUUCAGUAACAUGCCCUGUUGUAUACGAGGACCAGACUGCCACGCAAUCCACCGGAUCUACGGAUACGAUCGAAAGCAAUUGGGAUAUCCUUGGGUUCCCUAACAACACGGUAUCUGGAACAUCUUCCUUCGGUAAAUGCGUAGCGGGGACGUACUUGCGGAUGAGAGGCUAUCUCGUUGAGGUAAAUUUUUGGAGGGAUAUAGACGCUGAUCCGCUCCAUUAUUAUGUCCAACCGAACAAGCGCGAUUCCGCGAUCUUAUUUCAAAUUUUUUGGGAUACCUCCGAAUUGGAGUCAAUCAGCGCAAGUUCCGAUGACGAACACACCCGCUACACCGUGUUGCUUGUCACGCGAGCACCGGCGCCUCCUAGAGGCUUACUAAUGGGUUGUCCAUCCGAGAACGCAUCGCAGAUACCCGGCACCGGGGAGCCGCACCAGAAGUAUCAAAGGGUGGCUUAUAUUGUUCCCCCAAGGCGCAGACGCGGGUGCGACUGGCCAGAUCCAGAAGAUACUGCUUCCGCAGAGGGUGUCAAUGUACAACCGGAGGAGUGGAACUGGCCGUCCUGGCAGAAGAAUGAGAGCCUUCAGGAGUUUCGGAUUUUUUGAUCUUUGUGCCUCACCAGUAUUCUUGUUUUCGGGGAGACGACAAAAUAUAUUAAUUGUCAUCCGCGCUUAGACUUGAAGGAUAUUCCACCCCAAAAAGGCUUGGAGCGGCCACCCAAG